ACUGAAAUUUACUCUAAAAUGAAAGUGAAUAGUGACUUCAUUUGGCGAAGAGGCUUUCCAUUGCACACGCGUAGCUAGGGCACGAGAGAGCAGUAGAGUUUCGAACAUGGAGGAGGGAUUUCUGGACAAAAUCCGGCCACCCAGAUUGGAAGAUGCCGGCCUCGAAGACUGUGCGCUUCCCCUGGAAUCCAUCAAAGAGGCUUUCCUCAAGGCCGCCAGCGCGGUCCGGUCGUCAGCCAUUUCCCCGUCGGACGGCGAUGCAGAUGGCAGUUGCGUGGACGAUCCGUGGCCGGUCGCCGCAGAUUCAUCGGAUUCGCUCAUUGGAAUAGCAGAUGGAAUAGGCGGAAGCACCGAUAGCUGCGUCACCGAGAAGGGAACUGAAGCCGCCGGCGAUGAGGUUGUCGUGGUCGGCGCCGGCGAAAAGGAAGAGAAGUCUGAUGCUCUCGUGGCGCCCGGUGUGCCUGAAGGCGGCCAAGCUUGCAUCGAUUCAUUAAAAGGACUAUCUAUCGGUGAAAAUGCAAAAAAUUCAAGCACAAAUCGGGACGAUGAUGGGGAUGAUGACCAGUUAGAAGAUCAGAAGACGAAAAAACCGACCCUGAUUGAAGAUUGCUUUUAACAGAACAAUAGUAUGAUCUGUGUAAUAAGGUGUGAAUCACUUGUGUUUAUCUAGUAUGAAAUCUGAAUGAUUAUCAGAUUGAUCUGAUAGAUGAUGAUGCUUUUAUGAAUUAAGAUUUUUUUUUAUU